AUGAAUAAAGAAGUCAAAGAAAAAUUAUUAGAGUUAAAAAAGGAGAAAUUAGUAAAAACGCUGCGAAAAUUCUUUGUCGAAAAGAAAAUUAAGAGGGCUAUAAACAAUCCUAAUAGCCAAUAUCGCAUUAGUGUAAUAGGUUUAGGUGUUUAUUUUGCUACUAAAAGUCAAAGUAGUAAUAAAAGUCCUAAUCCUCAGGUUCAAUAUCUCCCUAAUGAAGAAGAAUUUCAAGCCAAAGUUGACCAACUAAAAAAUGAAAAAGGAAUUGAUGACCAACAAGCAGCCAUAGAAGUAUUAACUGCUUAUGUUCCUUACAUUAACUGA